GGGUCAGUAUUUCGCAGCCAUUUUGAACAGUGGCAUCUCCGACUCCGUUGAUUCCACUAGCCUCCGCGCUCCUUUGCUUGCGUUUUUUGUUCUCUGAUUUCAACAGUUUAAGGUUCAUGGUGCUGUAUCACGCAUUAAAUUCGUCCUCUCCCAGCGGUCUCCACUCGGGCCCGGCAAAAGGCUUCGUUAACUUCGAAGCCUCUUACUACGUCACACCAAGAGACCUAUUCGCUAAAGUGUGUAAAGCUUGUCGAGAAAACAUGGCUUCUAUCCCACCCUCCGCUUUUUCCGCUGGUCGCAUUCGGGAGACGCAACGUGACAUGAAGGUUUCAAAUAUCAAGAAAGGAGCAGAGCCGACUCAGUACUUCCGUACUAAACUUAUGGAGCUGUCGCCUCUCAAAUACAAUAGCAAGUUGAUGAAUAGCAUCUGGGGCUUCUACAACCGUUACUCGCCGCACAACGUCAAAAAGGUCAACGACGCUUUUACUUUCAAUGAGGAAUUGCAGCAAUCUGCUGGCAAUUCCUCAAAUAAAAAUGAACCCAUGAUCACUUUGCCUGCCACCAAGCUCGACAAUGUUUGGGCCAUCAAUGUGUCACAAUCACACUAAAUGCAGCUUUUAUGGCACAUAAUAUUAUCGGCCUGUGCAGACGAGGGACUAUAUUGUCUCCGAAGGACAAAAGUGUUAUAAGAAAAUCGAAUAAUGCACGCGAAUAAGCGAAGCACCACGACCGCAACAAAAAAGUUGGACUUCUGUCCUCCGCGGGGAAUAUUUCCUGUUCUGCGCGGGCGAUAAAUGGAAGAAUGCAAGUUUUUGUUAUCAAUUAGAAGAUCACUAUCAUAUCUUCUAUAAAAUAAGCAUAUUUUUAGUAUAGCGAAAUAAGUUUAAAUUGAAAAGCAUGUUGAUACUUCUGUAAUCCAUAAAACAUAACUUUAUAUAAUAUUAUUAUAUUUUAAUAUAUAAUCCACAUGCUAUCAUGAUGUAAUAAAAUAUACUUAAUGAAUAAAAUAUAAAUAACAAAUUGUGAAUUUUAUUUCAUCCCUAGAACAAAGUAUGUUGGACAAAUAAAAUUAACCAUUUAUAAUACUUUGCUUAGCUACCAUUGCAAUUUGGAAGGUAAGAUGUUGCCCGUGACAUUCUAUUCAACCUGUAGUUGUUUGAAAUAUUAUCUUAAAGCAUCAAUAGCUCAAUGUUUAAAGAGCAGACUGAAAUAUGAAAUGUUGGGUCCAACUUCUAACCCUAUCCAAUCCUAGUACAAACUUUUCACUUAGUUGGAGGAGGAAGGGGGAAUAUUGCUCAUAUUUAUGAGUAAUAUUCUUUUAAAAAAAUGGAAUA